GAUGGACUAUGAUUUCAAAGUGAUGCUGACCGGGGAGAGAGAACGUGUAGAGGACCUGUUUGAAUAUGAGGGAUGCAAAGUGGGGAGAGGCACCUACGGCCAUGUAUAUAAAGCAAAGAGAAAAGAUGGGAAGGAUGAUAAGGACUACGCCCUCAAGCAGAUUGAAGGCACUGGCAUCUCCAUGUCUGCCUGCAGAGAGAUUGCAUUACUGCGGGAGCUGAAGCAUCCUAAUGUGAUCUCACUGCAGAAGGUGUUCCUGUCACACGCAGACCGCAAAGUCUGGUUGCUCUUCGACUAUGCCGAGCAUGACCUCUGGCACAUCAUAAAGUUCCACAGAGCGUCCAAGGCCAAUAAGAAGCCCCUACAGCUGCCCAGGGGGAUGGUCAAGUCCCUGCUUUACCAGAUCCUGGACGGCAUCCAUUACCUUCACGCCAACUGGGUCCUACACAGAGACCUGAAACCUGCCAACAUCCUAGUGAUGGGGGAGGGGCCAGAGAGGGGUCGAGUAAAGAUCGCGGACAUGGGCUUUGCCCGCCUCUUUAACUCACCACUGAAGCCGUUAGCAGAUCUGGACCCUGUGGUGGUCACCUUCUGGUACAGGGCACCAGAGCUACUGCUAGGUGCCAGGCACUACACCAAAGCCAUCGACAUCUGGGCUAUUGGCUGCAUCUUUGCCGAGCUGUUGACAUCUGAGCCCAUCUUCCACUGUCGCCAAGAGGACAUCAAGACCAGUAACCCCUACCACCAUGACCAGCUGGACCGCAUCUUCAACGUCAUGGGCUUCCCUGCUGAGAAGGACUGGGAAGACAUCAAGAAGAUGCCCGAACACUCCACUCUGAUGAAGGACUUCAGACGGAACACGUAUACAAACUGCAGCCUAAUAAAAUACAUGGAGAAACACAAAGUGAAACCAGACAGCAAAGCAUUCCACUUGCUCCAGAAGCUGCUGACCAUGGACCCGAUCCGCAGGAUCACGUCUGAGCAGGCCAUGCAGGACCCUUACUUCCUGGAGGAACCACUGCCCACCUCUGAUGUGUUUGCAGGCUGCCAGAUCCCCUACCCAAAGAGGGAGUUCCUGACAGAGGAGGAGCCAGAGGACAAGGCAGAGAAAGUCAGAAAUAAGAACCAGCAGCAGCAGGGGAACAACCACACCAAUGGGGCGGGGCACACUGGUAACCCUGACAAUAGCCAUGCCCAGGGCCCGCCCCUAAAGAAGGUGCGAGUGAUCCCGCCAGUCACUACCUCAAGUGGCCUCAUGACCUCAGACUAUCAGCGCUCCAAUCCACAUGCUGCCUACCAGAACCCCGGACCAAGCACAUCACUGCCCCAAAGCAGCAUUGGAUACUCCUCUACCUCCCAGCAGCCCCCGCAGUACUCACACCAGACCCACCGCUACUGACCCCUGACCUCUACCCACCCCUCGCCAUGCCCGCGAGGGAGAAUGUACUAAGGGAAGUGGGUGUGUCUAUGGCAACAGCCCACCGGUCCACCCUCACUGCAGCAGUCCAUUAGCCCAGUAUGUUAAUACAAUAUACUCAUUCUAAAAGAAUAUGACAUAACGCAACAACAUCAGCCAUGACAGAACAUGACAUAAUGCAACAACAUCAGCCAUGACAGAACAUGACAUAACGCAACAACAUCAGCCAUGACAGAACAUGACAUAAUGCAACAACAUCAGCCAUGACAGAACAUGACAUAAUGCAACAACAUCAGCCAUGACAGUACAUGACAUAACGCAACAACAUCAGCCAUGACAGAACAUGACUUCAAUUCAACCAUGACCAACACAUGGAGACUAAACCAAGAGAAAGAUGGAGAAGGAAGAACAGAUGCUGUCAGUUUGUUGUUUCCCUCGUUCCUUCCUCUGUGGUUCAAGUUAUCGUCGCUGCACGUUUGUGACCAUUACAAAGUUAACCUUCAGAACUGGAACUUAACUACAACCACAAGACCAACAAACAGAAGGUGGAACCGGGGCUCCCCUCUUCCCUUACCCUCCUUUCCUUCUCUCCUUACCCCUCCACCAAUGCUCUACCCCUUUCCAUCCGGAUUCCCCUCUUCCUGUUGAAGCUUCGAUGAGACUAAAGCUACUAUGUGACUGUCUCUGUCCCUCUGUCUGUGUGUCUGUCCGCCCUUCCAUGGGCAUCUUCGUUGGGGACCGAAUUGAGCUGCUGACAGGAGCAUUCUGGGAGUUUGUGGGGCCCCGCCCACAGCUCUGGUUGAGGGCUUUAUUGAGAAAAAACAAACAAAAACAACAAAGGAAUAAAAAAAAAAUACGAUUUUAGUAGUUUAUAAUUUAAUCUGUUUUGUUUUCACACACACAAAAAGUGGUGAAGUAGCUUCUGUUGUGCUGAGAGAGAGCUGCCGUUUUUAUCGCUGUGGGCAAAGCCUUAUCUUCCUGAUGACAAACCAACACAUUGUGUAGAGGAUGGCAUAUGGGACAUGCAUUUUUACUGUAUUGAAAUAUUUUACAUGACGCAAGUAUCCUGACAAUAAAAGUGGUAAUGUUGA